AAAAACAGACCAACGACCCUUCUCUUUUUCCUCGCACUUUGCUUCAAAACCACACUCUUUCUCGGAAGCCUACAAAACAAGAUUCGUUCUAUGUAAUGGCUACUAGUGGCGAUCUUGAGAGUACACGUCCCUUGGCUCAGUUUCCCCCCACUGUUUUAGGAGAUCACGUCUUCUCUGCUCAUGCCGACGACUCUAAAUUUGAUGCUAUUGAACAUGAGAUUGAAUCGGUUAUGAAGCCUUACGUGAGAGACAGACUCGUGUCUUCUCGCAGCUGUGACAAGGAGAAGAUUCGUCUCAUCCACUUGCUUAUCAGUCUAGCGAUCUCCCAUUACUUCGAAGAAGAAAUCGAAGAAAUCUUAAACCAGGCUUUUGGGAAGCUGGAAGGCUUGAUUGCCGAGGAAGAUGAUCUGGAAACAAUCUCUAUCAUGUUUGAAGUUUUUAGACUAUACGGACACAAAAUGCCGUGUGAUGUGUUUGAAAGAUUCAAAGGAGAACAUGAUGGAAAGUUCAAGGAAAGUCUAGUUGGAGAUGUUAGAGGAAUGUUGCAGUUGUACGAAGCAUCGCAUCUCAAAACAACAAAUGAAGAUAUAAUGGAGGAAGCGCAGAUUUUCACUAGGAAUCACUUGGCGGCAGUAACUACUAAUCAUCCACAUCUCUAUAAGCAUGUACAAAACACAUUGUUUAUACCUCGAUAUCAUUGCAUAGAAAUAGUAGUUGCAAGAGAAUAUAUCUCAUUUUACGAACAAGAAGAAGAUCACGAGGAGAAGCUUCUCAAGUUUGCAAAACUCAACUUCAGCUAUUGCCAGCUGCAUUACGUUCAAGGGAUCAAAAUUAUCACUAAAUGGUGGAAGGAGCUAGAUCUUGCAUCUAAACUACCUUUUACCUUCCGGGACAGAAAUGUGGAAUACUAUUUCGGGAUGAUGGGAAUAUAUUUCGAGCCACGAUAUUCCCUAGCGAGAAUUCUAGGCACCAAAAUUUCCAUGAUCAUGACGAUCGUUGAUGAUACAUAUGACGCAUAUGCUACUCUUCCCGAAGCAUUAUGUUUCACUGAUGCUUUGCAAAGGUGGGAUAUUGAAGCCAUCGAAAGUCUACCAAGCUAUAUGCAAAUUAUCUUUAAAAAUUUGUGGGAAAUUGUAAAAGACAUUGAACAAGAAAUGAGUUCGCGAGGAAGAUAUGGCGGUGUGCAACAGACAAUAGAUGAGAUAAAGAGCCUUACGAAAGGGUAUAUAGAGAUAGCAAAAUGGGCACGCGCAGGUCACGUGCCAAGCUUUGAGGAACAUUUAGAGGUUGGAGUGAUCACAAUGGGAAUGGAUGACAUGGUAAUCUACAGCUUUCUCGGGAUGGAAGAUUGUGAUGAGAAGAUAAUGUACGAGUGGUUCGCCUCCAAACCCAAAAUCUUUCAAGCUUUCAAUGUUGUGGUUCGUCUAACAAACGACAUAGAAACGUUUGAAGAAGAGUUGAAGAGAGGAGAAGUGGCGAAUGGAGUCAACUGUUACAUGAAGCAACAUGGUGUUAGUCAUGAGGAAGCGGUUAAAGAAUUGAAGAAGAUGAUUAAGGAUCACCAUGAGAUAAUGAUGGAUGAGUUCUUUACUGUUUCGUCUACUCUGCCACGCCAAAUUCUAAUGAGAGUCUUCAACAUCGCACGUGUUGUCAAGUUGUUCUACAGAGAUGGUGAUGGAUUUGGCCACCCUGAUGAUAUUCUCAAAGCCCAAUUCACCUCUCUGUUUUUAUAAAUUUCAUGUUGUGUCUUGUUUAAGGUUUGUGUUUUAGUUGUGUUUUGAAUCAUAAUUAUGUUUGAAUCGAACAACGUGUACAUGUUAGGAAUGUGCACGAUUCUUCCGGAAAAUUAUGCACAAUACAUUAUGCAAUAUUUU